AUGGGUGGGCAAGAAGAGUUCAAAGCAUCGACAGGUUGGCUGAAACGGUUCAAAACAAGAUAUGGCAUCCGUAUGCUGACCACACAGGGAGAAAUUUUGAGUGGUUGCACAGAGAGUGCUGAAGCCUUUUGUCUGUACUUUCAAAAAUUUGUGCAGGAAGAAAAUCUCUCGCUAGACCAAAUUUACAAUGCCGACGAAACAGGGUUGUACUGGAAAUGCCUACCAAAGAAAACCCUUGCAGCUGGAAAUGAAAAAUCAGCUCCGGGAUUUAAAGAGCCUAAAGAAAGGCUAACGGUUAUGUGUUGUUCGAAUGCAUCUGGAAUACACAAAUUAAAACCAGUGGUUAUCGGAAAAUCAAAGAAGCCCAGGGCAUUCAAGAACAUUGUUGUUGGAGAUUUGCCUGUGGUGUACUACAGCCAAAAAAAACAACUGUUGUAA